GUGCGCGCUCUUCAAACUUCUCCUGAAACGUGCGCGCAUUAUUGUUCUCUGGGGCAUCUGCAUCAGUCGUGAUGAAUUACAGCGGGGGUGUGACGUUGGUGAUGGAACCAGCGGGGGGUGUUCGAGGUUCUCAUCUUCCUCGUUGCUAGUGUAGUCAUUCAUGUGGGUACUUUAUGUUCCGUGUUUAGCUGAGAGCAGUUCAGAAACUUCAUUGAACUAACAGCCAAAGUUUACAGCGCACGUUGAGAGUAGACAAAGGCUGGAGCAUGUGGACGUCCUGCUGUAGCUGGCUCUGCGUGGAGAACACCGCCUCUGCCACGGUGGAACACAACGGCAACACGCGGCGCCAGGUCUACACCAACUCGGGGUUCAGCUCCUCCCCCACGGCCCCCGAGCACCUGUGCAAGGCCUGCGGAGGCCGCUUCAACACCGUCGCCAGGAAGCAUGUCUGCGUGGACUGCAAGAAGAGCUUCUGCAGCCGCUGCUCGGUGCAGCUGGACCUGCGUCCGCGGCUGUGCCACACCUGCCAGCGUUUCCACGGCACCCUGUUCGACCGCACGGAGCUGAUGCGGCUGAAGGUGAAGGACCUGCGGGACUACCUCCACCUGCACGAGGUGCCCACGCAGAUGUGCCGGGAGAAGGAGGAGCUGGUGGACCUGGUGCUGGGCCAGCGCACCCCCAGCAGCAGCGGCAGCAGCAGCGGCAGCGAGGGCGUGUCCCGGCCCCUCCGGACCCCGCCCAGCCCCGCCCCUCCCCGCUCCUCCUCCCCCUCCCCCUCCGACCCGCCCCCCGCGGAGCCCGCCGUGGAGCUGCUCGGCGAGGAAGACGAGGAGCAGAGUCCACCCGCACCCGUGGACUCCGGUCAGGAGGAGGCCCCUGACACCGAGAUGGACACGGAGGUCCAGGGGGAGCAGGAGUCCCAGUCCUCGGACACGGACGAGAUGGUGACCCCCAGCCGCCGGGCGUCGCUGUCCGACCUGAGCGGGGUGGCGGACAUCGAGGCGCUGAGCGUGCGGCAGCUGAAGGAGAUCCUCGCCCGCAACUUCGUCAACUACAAGGGCUGCUGCGAGAAGUGGGAGCUGAUGGAGCGCGUGACGCGCCUCUACAACGACCAGAAAGACCUGCAGAACCUCGAGCCCACUGGCGCCCCGAGCCUGGAGGAGAACCUGUGCAAGAUCUGCAUGGACCUGCCCAUCGACUGCGUGCUGCUGGAGUGCGGUCACAUGGUCACCUGCACCAAGUGCGGCAAGCGCAUGAGCGAGUGCCCCAUCUGCAGGCAGUACGUCGUGCGCGCCGUGCACGUCUUCAGGUCCUGACGCGCCCGGGCGUGCACGUGCGUGCGUGUGCGUGUGCGUGAGCGGCGGGAACGCGGGACAGCCACGCCAGCACGGCCUCUCCGGAGACGCCCCCCCCCCGACACGCUGACGAGUACACACACGUGCGUACAAAUGCGCAGGUACGCAUACGCAGACUCUCUCAAACACGCGUACAGACACACACGUAUCCACACGCAUACCCAGACUCUUUCUCACACACACACACACAAAUGCGUUCACACACACACACACACACACACACACAACCCCAGAGCAGAGGUCAGUUUCGGGACGGUCUCAUCACACCACUGGCCCUGUGCUCAAUCUUCCACAAGGGGGGGG